UAACGUAUAAAAUAAAUGCACACGCGCGCUCGCACACGAACGCGCAUCAGAGUGGCUCGCCCUCAUUGGUGGGGGUGGAGGGUGGAGGGUGUCGUCGUUUACACAGGAACUGAUGGGUUUGUCAGCAGCAGCGGUCUGUUGGAGCUUCAACCACCCAAAAUGACCAAAGACUGCACAGCCAGGGCCGCUCAGUGAGAGAGCAGGACAGAAAGCGAGAGCAGCUGUUGAAGUUGACCCCUCUGCUGAGCCAUGAUGGAGUGCUGUCACCAGCUGCCGUCGGAUUUCUCCAUGGAGGAGAGGCGGGAGAUAGAAAACCUGAAGUUGCACAAGCAGGACCUCCUGGAUGACAUUCAGAAGCUGAAGUGGGAGAUAGAGAACGUAAUGGCUGAAAUUCAGGAUUUCGAGUCUGCAGAAGAGAACAAAGUUCUUGAGAGAGGGAAGCAGUUUUCUAGCGGCAAGAAGAAGUUCAACAUGGAUCCUAAAAAGGGGAUAAAUUACCUGGUGGAAAAUAACCUGCUGGAGUGGCAACCCCAGACUGUAGCGGAAUUCCUCUACAAAGAAGAGGGCCUCAAUAAGACUGCUAUAGGAGACUUCUUAGGAGAGAGAGAGGAGAUGCACCUACAGAUACUGAAAGCUUUUGUGGAACUUCAUGAGUUUUCGGAUCUCAACCUUGUCCAGGCACUGAGGCAGUUCCUCUGGAGUUUCCGUCUUCCUGGUGAAGCUCAGAAGAUUGACCGCAUGAUGGAGGCUUUCGCCACACGUUACUGCGAGUGCAACUCAGACGUCUUCCAGUCAACUGACACCUGUUACAUCCUCUCAUUUGCUAUCAUCAUGCUGAACACCAGCCUGCACAACCCCAACGUGAAGGACAAGACCACACUGGAGCGCUUCAUCAGCAUGAAUAGAGGCAUCAACAAUGGAGACGAUCUACCCAAUGAGCUUCUCACGAAACUGUAUGAGAGCAUACGGAAUGAGCCGUUCAAAAUCCCGGAGGACGAUGGGAACGAUCUUACUCAUACUUUCUUCAACCCUGACAGAGAAGGCUGGCUACUCAAACUGGGAGGAAGAGUGAAAACCUGGAAGAGGAGGUGGUUUAUUCUAACUGAUAACUGCCUGUAUUAUUUUGAAUACACCACAGACAAAGAACCCAGAGGGAUAAUUCCUUUGGAGAACCUCUGUGUGAGAGAGGUUAACAUCACACGCAAACCGUAUUGUCUGGAGCUAUACAACCCGAACAGUAAAGGACAGAAGAUAAAGGCUUGUAAGACAGAGACAGACGGCAGAGUGGUGGAGGGAAAACACCAGAGCUACAUGAUCUGUGCUUCAACAGCCGAGGAGAGAGAUGACUGGAUCGAGUCUAUCAGGGCAAGCAUUACAAAGGACCCAUUUUAUGACCUAGUCUCAGUGCGAAAGAAGAAGGUCAUCAAACAAACACCGCAAGACUGACCGCCCCAGAGCACCAUGGACAGUAUAGCUCUUUAGAAUUGACGGAUGUUUGAGACUGCAUGGCUUGUUUACUAAGCACAAUAACUGAGCCACAAGGACAGUUUGAAUUACUUCCAUAUCAAAAGUCUGUUCAAAGCGAUGUUGCGCAACCAUUUGGAGGAAAAGGAAGUAACGAGAAGAGAAGCAGCAUGUUUACUGAUAGAGUCUCUGCUAAUACUGAGAAACAAAACAACGUAGCAUGUACAGACUGACCACAAAUGUGGCACUGGAGACCCCCAUGGAAGGUCCAUAAGUGAAUGCUUAGAUCUCUGACGAAAUUUUCAUAAGGGGCAGUUGGACCAAAAAAUUACAUUCACCCACUUAUUGCAAGCGUAGUCAGUCAGCAAAGAGAUGUCUGCUGUCUGGCCACUCCUUCUUUAGUUUUGGACUGGAGCUACAAGGCUAAUGUAGCUACCAAGCUACAAUGCAGACUAUUCCCAGCAUGAUUUCUCCCAAGUUUGACAAUAAUAUGACAUUCUGGAGUGUUCACUGUGUUUAAUUACAGCAUGAACAUCUUUCUUUCUUUCACAUACAGCUGUGAUCCUGUAGACAUGGCAAGCUGUUCUAAGGUGCUUCAUUAACACAAGUCCAGGAUUUACUCUAAAAUGCUCACAAAAUUGAGGCUGAUUAAAAAGGGAAUUCCACCCAUUUUUCAAAAUUGCUGCGUAAUUAUAUCACUAAGAUGUAAACAAAGUGAUUCAGAGUGGUUUGAUGGGAAGUGUGCCAUUCUAAAGUAAUUUACCAGCACAGUGGUGGUGAUAGGAACCAGAUGUUUGAAGCAUUUAAUGCCUCUAAAAGCUACCUCACAGACAGCUAGUACACAAAAUCAUUCUGAAUACUCUGCCUGAAUUUUUUACAAUAGUUAAAACUUUUUUUAAAAGCCAUUCAUUGUGGACAGGUACAUGCAGGGGACAGUAAGGGAAAAUAGUCCCCAUACAAAACUUAUUUUUUGACCAUUUACAGCUAUUAUCAGCAUUGCAAAUGAAGGAAUACGCGUGGGUACACUGGUUGUUUCGUAUUGUAAAUAAAAUGGCUUUAUUUGUGUUGCAGACACUGUAACCCCUGGUUCCUAUCAUCACUACUGUAAAAAUUUCUUUAUAGUUAACUACUUUUUAUCAAACUACUCUAAACACAAACACUUUGUUUACUUUCAGCGAUUCAGAUAUUUUGAAUAAUCAGUGGAAUUCCCCUUUAACAAGCAGUGUGCCUGACCAAUAAGUGUAUAUAGCACGUAUAGCUUUGUUGUAUAUAUUUGUUGUAUAUUUAUUCAUAUGUGUCAUACGAUAUAUUGUCUGUAUAUUGUCAUCCAUCCCGUCUAAUAAUGUCUGUCAUUGCCUUUUAUAUGCUAUUGCUGAUUGGUUACUCACUGGGAGACCUUUGGCAACCAAAAGGUAAAAUCGUUCAGCUUGAUUACAACAGAUUUUCCUUUUUGAAUAUUUUUUUUUUAUUGUAUAAUAUUUGUGAAUAUAAGAUUAGAGCAAGAGUGUGUGAAUCACUUGAUUUUUAAUAAAUUCUUAUAUUUAAUUGAAC